AUGGCUGGUAAUUUAGUAGGGACUAUUAGAAUUCCUGUCCAGUAUAAAUAUCAAACUUUAGAUCAGUUUGAGUUUUAUGUUACUAGAUCUGGUACUAGUUUAAUGGGUCUGGAUUUGUUUAAUAGAUUAGGUUUUGAACUGUCUCAUUAUGGUGAAAAAAUUCAAACUGUAGCAUCAGAUAUAUUACAAAAGUACCCAACAGUAUUUUCAGAUUCACCAGAAGAGAAGAACAAAAGUCUUCCAAGAUUUAAGGUUUUAGCAGAUGAGUUGCCACCAGGAGCACCAGGAGCACCAGAAUAUCAUAUAUUAGAAGAAGAUGAAUAUUCACUGGAACAGCCCUCUAGAUUGUCACAGCCAUGUGAAGGCACAGUGUCUAAAUUAAUGGCUGCAUUUCAGAAAGGUAUCAAGGAUAAAUCAACUUUAGAUAAAAACCAGAACCCUACAAGUAAAGAUACUAAGAAGAUUAAUAAUCAUGACACAUUGGACAAUAUUCCCAGUACUGCACAACACAUAGAUGAUAGACUUCUGUCAGGAUCAUUUGAUACAGUGGCAGGCAACUCUAUGGACAUUGACUCAAGUCACCUAUAUAAACAUAUAGAUAAAAUAUAUGAUACACCACCAAGUACACCUGUAUUAAGCUGUAAACAAGGCUAUGGUGCUCCAGUGUCUGUUAAACUCUUAGAUCCACCUGUUUUAAAGGCUAAAGCUGGCAAGGGUGAUGGAUCCUAUGAUCAUAUUGUGUUUGAUAAACUGAAUAUACAUGAAAGUUUUGAAAAUUCUGGCACUACUACUGCUGGUGAUACCAAUCCUCUUGAAUUAAGUACCAAAUCAAAAACAGGAAGUAGAAAAAGAAGAAGAAGACAACAGGCAGAUAAGAAGUCUUCAACAGUAGGAGACCCAAUUGAUCUAGAUAAAAACAUGGCUGACCCUAGUUUCUUACAUGAUGAUAGUAAAAUAUAUGAUGAACUAGUACUUAAUAGUGAAGAUGGUGAUGAUUAUGAAAAUGAUGGUUGGGGAUCAUCAGAAUUUGAAGAAUAUAGUGAUGAAGAAGAAUCAACAGAUACUAUUCAUCCUCACAAACCAUUACCAAUGAAACCAAAACCAAGACAUGAACCAGGGGCACCAGGUAUCAUCAGUAGAAUACGAAGUUUUCGAGGUAAAAAAGAUUCAAUAGAAGAAGAAGAAGGCAGAUGUUUCCCAGUUGAUAUUGAUCCAAAUAAACAUCCCCCACCAGAGUUACCCCCCUUACCAGAUGGCUUGUCAGAAAAUCAGAAAAAAAGGCGAUGUGUUAUAGAACAGAUUAUAAGUAGUGAGAAAUCUUAUAUAAGUUCAUUAGAAAGAAUCAUUCGGGGAUAUGAAAGUGUAGUGUUAGAUCUAUUAGGUGGUGUUAAAAGUAAUACCAGAACAGUAUUUAAGGAAUCUAGAGAGAUAUUAAGUCAUCAUCAAAUGUUCCAAAUAGAAAUGGCAGACAGAGUUAAAAAAUGGGAUGAAGAUGAAAAAAUUGGUGACAUUUUUACUGCUUCUUUUUCUAAAUCAAUGUUAGUAGAUGCCUAUAGUGUCUAUGUUAAUAAUUUUGCUGUAGCUAUGGAAGAAAUCAAAUUAUUACAGAGAUCUCGACAAAGUUUCAGAGAAUUUCUGAAGUUAAAAGAAAGUAGCAGCCCAGAUAGACUAUCAAUUUUUGGUUUAAUGGUAAAGCCAGUACAAAGAUUUCCACAGUUUAUUAUGUUUCUACAGGAUUUAGUCAAAUAUACCCCACAAGAUCAUCAUGAUAGACGCUCAUUACAAUUAGCUUUAACAGAAUUAGAAAAUGUAACACAUAAACUAAAUGAAAGAAAACGUACGAGUGAACAAACAUUUCAAGCUAAACAGAUAACUAAUCAGUUGUUACGUCAAAUAACAAAACAAGUACCACCACGAUAUUUACCUGAUAAAACUAGAAGAUUAAUCAGACAAAAUGAUUUUGAGCAAGUUGUAGGAGAAUCUGGAGGUGAAAUGAGAGUAAAAACUAGAAGGUUGAUUCUGUUUGAUGAUACAUUAUUAUGUAUUAAAGUUGGUAUCAAAGAUGUUGAUGGAUUUUUGACUGAGAAAUUUAAAUUAAAAUGGGUAAUUAAUCUAUCUGAUGUUGAUUUAAAAGAUAGUGCAAUAACACCUAAUAUGGAGGCUUCAGUUGCAGCCCAUCCUGAAAGACCAGAAGAAGAUCCCUUCCACCUGUAUUCAGAUUUAAGUGAAAUUUUACAUGAUUGUACUGUAUUGGGACAGAUGAGUGGAUUAAUGGCUUCAUUGAAACGAUCUUAUCAGGGUUAUGGACUAUCAGAAGAUUUAUUACUUGAAAUUGUUCGUGAUCUACAGAAAAUGAUUCAUAUUAAAGAUGAACAAUUGAGAUUAGUUAAUAGUUGUUCUUUUAUAUUAGCUGAUAAAUCUAGUGUCAAUAAAAUGAAGUAUGUAUUUCAAACACCAAGUCCAAAUUUAAAACAAGAAUGGUGUGUAGAUUUUAUUAUGGCUAAACUAGCUUUAGAUAAAUGUAAUAAUCCAGGUUGGGAGAUAGGACAACAUAGUGAAGAAAAGAGUCUAGUACCAGCUUACUUCAUGAGAUCACUAUCUGUUGAUGUUCCUCGAAAUUUCACUAAGGUAAAAUGUGCUGUUCCUGUAUUUGUGCCAUCAAGUUCCAGUACAGAUCUAGGUGUUCAACAUCUCUGGGUGUGUUCAUCUAAAAGUGACCGUGGUCAAGUAUCAGUCAUAUCUAUACAUAAUCCUAAACCAUGUUUAACAGAAUCAUUUAAAGCUUCUGAUGUAGAAAUAGAAUGUAUGGUAUCUGUACCAGGACUAGGAUCUGGAUCUCUUAGUACUACUACAUCAUUUAUAGAAGAUACUGUUUGGAUUGCUACUGUUAAACCAGAAUUAGUUAUUUUUAGUUUAAUACCUGAUGAUGGAAUGAGAAGAUCACCAAUAACUACCAUACCUUUACCUCAUCAACCUAGUUUAAUCAUCUGUAUAGAGGAAAAGGUUUAUUUAGGUUUAAAAUCAGGUGUAUUAUUGGUGUAUAGUUGUGAUGAUGAUGGUGUAUGGGAUUUUAAAUCUCCAACACAAAUAGAGUUUGGUAGUACACCAAUACGUUGUUUGUUAGAUAUUGAUGGUUGUUUAUGGGUAGCUUGUGGUUGUUUUGUACAUCUUUUAGAUAUAGAUACACUCAAUGUUACUCAAAAACAUGAGUUAAGUGGAGAGAAAGAUAUACAUAUAGAUGAUAUAGUUCGAGCUGGUGUUGGUAUUUGGGUAUCAUUUAAAAACAGACCAUAUAUUAAACUAUUCCAUAUUGAAACAUUAGAAUUAUUACAAGAGAUUAAUAUAGCAUCACCUAUUACUAGAAUUAUAGAUAAACAGAAAGUGACCAGUGUACCAGAAGAUUAUGUUAGAUAUUGUUAUGUUAGUUGUCUAGCUGCAGGACGCGGAAUGUUGUGGAUUGGUACAAGUCUGGGUUUUAUAUUAACCUUACCAUUACCUAGGUUACGUGAAGGUGUGCCUUUAGUAAACAGUAGACCAAGUGUCUCGUAUCAUGGUCACAAUCAUCCGGUGAAAUUUAUUAUACCAAUUUACUGUUCUUCUAGUGUUACUCAGUUGGAAAAGAGGAGUUCAUUCCGAUCUUCUAUUAGACCAAAAAUGAGAAAAAAUUUGAAAAAGGCUCAGACACUAUUAGAGGAGCCAGAAACUGUUCCAGAAUCUUGUGUUGAUGAUAAAAAUGAAGCCUCUCUUAGUCAAUCUAAAAUUGACCUCACUCGUAGAUUGAGUGAUUCACGUUCCCAAAUUACAGAAUCAAAACAUAAAACUCUCCCUGCUCGCAGUCAGAGACUCUCAUUUCGAACAGAAUUGGCUACAAAAAUUGCUUCUCAAGAAACGUCCAAUUCUGAUCCAGAUUUGUUUUCAGCUGAAAGGGAGGUUCAAAUGUUGUAUGAAACUUUAUUAGAGAAUGAAAAUAGUGAAGUUAAUGGACCUCAAUUUAAAAGACUGUCAUCAGAAUCACCAUCAUCAAUAGGGGAGGAUCAAGAAACUGUCAAUACAUCUGCGAAUACAGGAAGCGAUGUCAAACCACGUAGAAAAUUAACACAGGAAAUUCAGAAUGAAAAAUUAAAAACUGUAACAAUUUCUGGGAAAAGUCUACGGAAAACAACAACAAAUUCUGUGAUAGUUGUCAGUGGUGGUGAUGGAUAUACUCGCUGGAAUUCUUCUAAAACUACUUCCAUUAAAAAUGAAGAGGCUGUUCUUUUACUGUGGAUUUACAAAUUCUAGUUAUGAAUUUAUAUUUUGUAUACUACAUACCAUUUACUGUAAGGAUCAAUAACUUAACAGUAUUUGUUGAUAUAUUAAGAUUAGAUUGUUAAUAAUCAAACAGAAAAUAGUGAAUUAAUUCUGUUCUAUGAAUGUUGUAGACAAAAUGGAUAAUGUGAAUCAUGAAUGUUUGUGUUAAUAUGUUUUCAGUUCUGGAAAUGAAUUGAAUAAUGAAAAUAUAUUAUAGAAGUACUCUCAUUGCUUAACAAGUUAAAUUUAUGUCACACGCACACACGAGCCAUCAGUAUAGGCAGAAUUUAUUCGUGCACUUCUUUGUGUUGGAAAAUUUGUAAUGGUUUCGUUACCCAUACACACACAUAAGCAUUCGUGAACAAAGUUAUCAAACGAGGUUGUUUUUAAUUUUGCGUUAAAAAAAAAAUGUCUGAGCAGAUGGCUCGUGUGUGUGCCAGACUUAAGGUGCAUAUUUUUAUUUUUAUACAUUUCAUACAUGCCAUUUUACGCUCAUUUAUGUUGUAUUUAGUUUUUAAUUAAUCUAUAUUCUAGAUCUCAACAAGGCAGUACAAUGGCUACUCAUAUUAACAGUAGAAUGUUAAACUCUAUAUAAUUCUGUAUUCAUUUACUGAACCUAUACAUAUUAUGUCUUUAUUUUUUUAUAGUUCUAUGAAUUUAUUUAUAUUUCUUAUUUUUCCUGUUAAUUUUUUGCACCUUAACUGUGAUGAAAUAGUUCUAAUCUCAAUAUAUUUUGGCAAGUAUUGAGUAUGAUGAUGUAUGUACAAACCUAACGACUUUUAACUUUAUUACAAGCUUUAUAGGCUGAUUUAACAUUAUGAAAUAGUUGCUAUAAUUUGGUAUUUAAUUUAUUAAUUUUGUUACAGUAUAAAUCUAUUCGUUAUAAAGUGUAUCAAUAACU